AUGCAUAACGAUACCGAGAUAACUGAUGGAUUCGAGAUGUACCACAAGGUGAGGCGAAAAAUGUACUGCAUUUUGAGCGCCAUUCUAUUGCUAACCAUUAGUCUCUCUUAUGCACUUCCGAAAGCCUUAGAUAUUCCAGAUCACUCGAAAAAUUAUAUCGACAAUGAUAUCAUUGAUUUUGACGACGAAUAUUCCUUAAAGUACAAUAAUGAGUAUGGCGUGCUCCCGUGGAGCAAAGAUACCAGUUUCAAAAAAGACACUUAUAGAUACACCAUCGAUAAUGAAUCUAGGAGUGAGAACAAUGCACAAAAAGUCACAACAGAAAAAGAAGACUUGAGUGUUAUUCCAAUAGAAUUAGUCACGACUACGGAGACUUCCGAAGAGACCACAACAGAACUAGAUCUUACUGUGAUACCCUUAUCGACAACUGAAAAGACACCUAUUCUAGUCUUUAAUGAAACCCAAACUGUACCAGGAGCGACAGAGAAAUCAGACGACUUUAACUCUACAACAGACUUCUUUGAAUUAACGACAAUGACGAAUGUCAACGACACUGCGAGCAGUUUAGAAUUAACUACAGAGAUGUCUGAAUCAGUAACUACAGAAUCCACACAGUUCAACAACACUGCGAACCUAACAGACUCAACUACGAUUGUAAUAGACGAAGCGGACGUUAACAAAACAAAAGUUAUAGACAGAGUCACAGAAAGCGCGGAGUUGACAGAAGAUGUUCCAGUUUUCACAGAAUUGGAUACGGAAGAGCAAGAAGUGCCAGAGGAUUAUUAUGACUUGAAAGAUGUAGUCCCCACUCCGACACCGAAAACAGACGCUCUGUCAGUGAUAUUUGGCUUCGCUGGGAGCGUCGUCGAAGGGGUGGUGGAUAGUGUGGCGGAGAGAUUAUUUCCAAAGACAUUGUACGACUUACUGAAGCGAAUGCAGAAACAGAACGAAGCUUUGGAGGCGGAAAGGCUGCGAAGUAGAGAGGAGAACGGUGGCAUUGGCCAAUUCACAAGAGGCGUCAUCAAGUCGAUCUCGACGGGUCUCACCAAACCCUUGAGCCAGUGGAUGGCGGGUGUCCGCGAUAUCGGGUCCUUGGACAGUGACAGAGGCUUCGUGAACAGCCUGGCCUCGGGGGUGACCAGCGUCGCUAAUGCUGCUAACUCUGUUCUCGAUACGUUUAAGGAUCGGGUGCAGGCUAUUUAUCCAGAUGAGAUCGAAUCCUUUUCAGGAACUCUCUGGUGUGGAGACGGGCAUUCGGCUCAGGCUCGUUCCAGCGACUUGGGGUUGUUUUUCUUCACGGACACUUGUUGCAGACAACACGACUCCUGCAAGCUGUAUAUCUCCGCUGGAGAGACCAAGUUCGGGCUGACAAAUACCGGUCUUUUUACCAGGUCGCACUGCAGCUGUGACGCAAAAUUUCGAGAAUGUCUGAAGCGCACCAACUCGUUGGUGUCGGCUCAAAUCGGACUGACCUACUUCAAUGUCCUGGGACCGCAGUGCUUUAGGCGAGCUCAUCCUAUCGUCAAGUGUAUGCGCAGAACCAGGCUAACGGGUCAAAAAUGUGAAGAGUAUGAACUGGAUUACACGAAGCCAAAAAUGUGGCAGUGGUUCGACAAUGAAAAUUACUAA